AUGAAGACUGGCUCAGACUAUUAUUCCAAGGAGCCCGAGUUGUCGGAGACAAUUGAAAUUGAGGAUGAAGAGAAACCAAAACAAAUGAAUUGGUGGCAAAAGUUCAAGUAUAGUUUGGCUGUCGAACAUAAUCCAAAUUUAACUGCAACUCAACAAUUCCUAUACAAUUUUGAUUUAAGGCCUGUUGAAGAAGAAAGAAGAAAAUGGAAAUGGUGGAAUUUCGUCUUCUUCUGGAUUGCUGAUUCAUUCAAUAUCAAUACCUGGCAAAUUGCAGCUACAGGUAUUGUUGAUGGGGGGAUGACUUGGUGGCAGACUUGGUUAUCUGUUUGGCUUGGAUACUUUCUUUGUGGUGUAUUUGUUUCGUUGAGUGCCAGAGUUGGUUUCAUGUAUAACAUUUCCUUCCCCGUGGCAGCCAGAUCUUCAUUUGGUAUUUACGGUUCUCUUUGGCCCAUUAUCAAUAGAGUGGUGAUGUCUUGUGUUUGGUAUGCGGUUCAAUGUUCUGUGGCUGGUCCAUGUAUUCAAGUAAUGUUGAGAGCUAUCUUUGGUCAAAAUUUGGAUAAAACAAUGCCAAAUGGCAUCAAAGAUAAAGAUUUAACCACUUUUACCUUUCUUUCCUUCUUCUUAUUCUGGUUAUUCUCUUUACCUUUCCUUUGGUUCCCACCUCAUAAAAUUAGACAUUUGUUCACUGUUAAAGCUUAUGUGGUUCCCGUUGCUGGUAUUGCCUUUUUGAUCUGGACUUUAAAGAAGGCAAAACAUAUCGGUCCAGUGUUUCAUCAAAAAUCAAAAGUUGAAGGUUCAGAGUUGGCUUGGGCCUUUGUUACUUCAACCAUGAAUUCUUUAGCAAAUUUCGCUACUUUGAUUGUCAAUGCUCCAGAUAUCUCCCGUUUUGCUAAUAAACCUUCAUUUGCAAUGAAAUAUAUCAUUUACACCGUUUCAAUUCCUGUUUGUUUCUCUUUGACAUCCUUAAUCGGUAUUUUGGUUUCUUCAGCUUCUGCUGUUAUUUGGGGUGAAGCUCUUUGGUCUCCAUUGGAUGUUUUAGGUAAAUUCUUGGAAGAAUAUACUCCAGGAAAUAGAGCUGGUGUUUUCUUCAUCGGGUUUGCCUUUGCCUUAGCUCAAUUGGGUACAAAUGUUUCUGCCAAUUCCUUGUCAUUUGGUACUGAUGUCACAGCCAUCUUACCAAAAUAUAUGACCAUCAGAAGAGGUUCGUAUUUAUGUGCAUUUUUGGCAUUGGCUAUUUGUCCUUGGAAAUUGACUUCAUCCUCUUCCAUGUUCACCACUUAUUUGUCUGCUUAUUCCGUUUUCCUUUCUUCAAUCGCUGGUGUGGUUGCUUGUGAUUACUACUACGUCAGAAGAGGGUACCUUAAAUUACCCCAUUUGUACUCGCUCCAAGACCCCCAAGAUCUUUCUCAACCCUCAGUCUACAAGUUCAACACAAUUGGUACUAAUUGGAGAGCUUAUGGUGCAUAUAUCUGCGGUAUAUUACCAAACAUCACCGGUUUCGUCGGUGCAACCAAAACACAUACCGUGCCGAUGGGUGCCGUUUAUGUCUACCGGUUGAACUUCUUUUGUGGGUUCAUCAGUGCCUUUGGUGUUUAUGCAGUGUUAACUCAUUUCUUCCCAGUGGCCGGAUGUCCUGAUGUUAAGGCCUUUGAAAAGGGUUGGUACGAAGAACAUCCUUACGUGGAAGAUUUCGCCGACCAAAUCACCGGUAAGCAGCCCAUUGAAGGCUUGGAGAAUGUUGUCUAUGAUUCUUCUGAUUCCUUGGAUAAAGGAAAGCUAUGA